GACUGUCCUUUUGUGCAGCAUGCAUGCACAUUGGACAUUGGUCAUUGAUCCCCCUCCCCCCACCUGAAGAGCUCUGGUGGGUGACACACUAUGGAGCCGGGAAAGGAGCUGACAACCACGUUGGCGGUGGCCGUGUUCACGGCAGUGUUGGGCUCUCUGCAGUACGGUUACAGCGUGGGAGUCAUUAACGCCCCGCAGCGGGUGAUCGAGAGACAUUAUGGACGCUCGCUGGGUGUGGAAGCCGAGCCCAUGUCGCUCAACGACAGCCAAAGGGCAGACGGCGCGCAAGAGCCGGUCCAUCCGGACGUGCUCAUGUACUGGUCCCUGUCGGUGGCCAUCUUCCCCGUCGGCGGCGUGUUCUCCUCCUUCCUGGUGGGAUUCGUGGGAGAUCUCAGAGGCAGGGUGAAGGGCAUGUUGAUGAUCAACGUGCUGGCCGUGGCCAGCGGGCUCCUGAUGGGACUAUGCAAGAUGUGGCGGGCUCACAUCAUGGUCAUCGUCGGCCGCGCCAUCAUGGGUUUCUACUGCGGUUUGUCGUCCGGCCUGGUGCCCAUGUACAUCGGCGAGAUAGCGCCCAAAGCUUACCGAGGGGCCUUGGGGACUUUACACCAGCUGGCUAUUGUCAUUGGCAUCUUCAUCAGCCAGGUGAUCGGCUUGGACUUCAUCCUGGGUAACGACGACAUGUGGCCGUUGCUGUUGGCGUUGUCGGGAAGCCCUGCCAUUCUACAGUCUUUACUUCUGCCCCUGUGCCCCGAAAGCCCACGCUACCUCUAUAUCCUUCUGGGAAAAGAACUAGAGGCUCAGGAAAGUCUGAAUCGCCUAAAGGGGCCGUACGACGCAUCCGCCGAUCUAGAGGAGAUGAGGCGGGAGAAGGAGGAGGUGGACAAGGUGCCUCGGGUCUCCAUCUCAUCUCUGAUCUGCUCGUCGGUGUACAGGCGGCAGCUCUUUGUGGCCCUCGCCAUGCACUUGUCUCAGCAGCUGUCGGGCAUCAACGCGAUCUUUUACUACUCCACGGCAAUCUUCACUCGGGCCGGCGUCAGUCAACCCGUCUAUGCCACCAUCGGCAUGGGCGCCGUAAACAUCAUCUUCACUCUGGUGUCGGUGGUGCUGGUGGACCGGGCCGGCAGGCGCACUCUGACCCUGGCCGGCCUGGGCGGCAUGUGCUUCUGCGCCGUCGCCAUGACAGUCGGCCUCAAGUUCCAGAGCGAGUACGCCUGGAUGAGCUACGUUUGCAUGUCGGCCAUUUUCCUUUUUGUGGCCUUCUUUGAGAUCGGGCCCGGUCCCAUUCCGUGGUUCAUCGUGGCCGAGUUGUUCAGCCAAGGGCCCCGGCCGGCGGCCAUCGCCCUCGCCGGCUGUUGCAACUGGACCAGCAACUUCAUCGUAGGCAUGACCUUUUCCUACAUACAGAACUGGCUGGGCGCGUACAUCUUUCUCUUGUUUGCUGCGCUGCUUUUCGCCUUCACCGCCUUCACGUACAUGCGAGUGCCAGAGACCAAGGGCAAAAGCUUUGAGGAGAUCGCCGAGCUUUUCCGAACGGGUGGCAAAAAGGCGCCGCACGACGCCAAGAGCGACGACAUGGAAUUGCAGCAGCUCAAAACAGCGACGCAUGCUUGAGGGACCAAGCGUAUGCAAGUUAGUCAUUUGUGGACAAAUGGUUGGCAAAACAUAUUUCAGAGUUGGAAAGGUAUUAAUCAGUUGAGAAAUCUGCAACAAGUGUGGGAAGCUGCCAGAACUGAAGAAUUUCAUUUGCACGAUUACAUCCUACAUUACGGUAUUUGCAAACCUGCUGUUGAUGCGCAAGCAGUUCCUCUAUCGCCACCUGGAGGUUAAUACUUGAUGAUUUGAGAGGAGCUUCUCAAUUUACCUCCAACUUGUCAGUAUUACUGUCUUGAGCUUUAAAAGGAAUUAGCGUUAAAAGGAAAUCUCAGGGCCACAUAAAAAAGGGGCGUAAAGGUUUUUUCUCUUAACAGCUAGAAUUUGACCUUACCACACAACAUUAUUGUAAUAAAAAUGUGACUAUAUUUUUGCUCAUUACACCUUGUUCUACUUGUACUUCUCAUAAUGUUACAUCAUAUUCUUGCGCCGUUUAUUUUUCCUCUCUCCAUGAGAUAUUUUGGCUUAAUUCGCAUUUGAUUUUCAAAAGGCUUGUUUUGUCUGUUUAGAUAAUUCUCUUACCCAUUGGGAUUUCGUGUUGUAGUUUGACCUUUUUGUGCUGAUACAGUUUUGUAGAUUAUUACUUUCCCUCCUUAUUCUCAUAGAAAUGUAUGCUCCGUUGUUGUUUACAAGAUAUUUACUUUCCUUGCAUUUACUUCAUUAUUGUGAUCUUUUGUGUGUGAGGUUUCUUUUACUGUAACCAUGCUGAAAUAUUAUAUGCAUUUUUUCCUGCUUAAUGACAUUACUAGUACUACCUCAUUGUGGUAUUAUUUUAGGUGCAAUUACGUCUAUUUCUCAGUUUCCUUGUGUCAUGUUUAAUGCACACACAAAACAUGUUUGACCAAUUAUUUGAUGAAAUAAAGGAAUCAAAAUUAAAACCAAAA